CCAUAAACUAUAACCAAACAAAUUAACCAAUCAAAAUACCAAGAAUUUCAUUAACAAUGACAUCUUUAGAACAAUCUUCCAAAACCACCAACAACCACCAGCAAGACCUCCCACUAAAACAAAUCCCAGGCAGCUAUGGCCUCCCCUUCAUCGGACCGAUUUUCGACCGACACGACUAUUUCUACAACCAAGGUAGAGACAAAUUCUUCUCAACAAGAAUUCAAAAAUACAAUUCAACAGUCUUUAGAACCAACAUGCCACCAGGUCCAUUCAUUGCCUCAAACCCUAGAGUCAUAGCUCUCUUAGACGCCGCAUCCUUCCCGAUCCUCUUCGACAAUAAAAAAGUCGAGAAACACAACGUCUUUGACGGUACCUUCAUGCCAUCGACAAAUUUCACCGGCGGCUACCGUAUCUUAUCUCAAUUAGACACAACUGAACCAAACCAUGCUCUUAUAAAAGGUCUCUUGCUUAAUGCUCUUUUGUUGAGAAAAGACAAUGUUAUCCCUCUUUUUAAGAGUAUACUUUCUGAUUCUUUUAAUAAGAUUGAAGAUGAACUUUCUGAAAAAAGUGGUAAAGCUGAUUUUAACACUAUUUUUAGUGAGGCUUCUUUUAAUUUCUUGUUUAGUCUCUUUUGUGAUAAUAAGUAUCCUUCUGAAACUAACCUUGGUUCUCAAGGUCCUAAAAUGUUGGACACAUGGAUUCUCUUUCAAAUUGCUCCAAUUGAAACAUUAAAACCUCCUAAGAUUUUCAAUUAUCUUGAAGAUCUAUUGCUUCGUACAGUUCCCAUUCCAGCUUGUUUAACAAGGUCCUCUUACAAGAAGCUCUACGAAGCAUUUUCUUCUUCUGCUGUAACAAUUUUAGACGAAGCCGAAAAAGUAGGGUUGAAAAGAAGUGAAGCAUGUCACAAUCUCAUUUUCAUAGCCGGCUUUAAUGGAUAUGCCGGAUUAAAGAAUCAAUUUCCAACACUCUUCAAAUGGAUAGGUUUAUCCGGUGAAGAGCUACACAAAGAACUCGCAAACGAGAUAAGAACCAUUGUAAAACAAGAAGGCGGAGUAACAAUUCAGUCAUUGGAAAAAAUGUCGUUAGUAAAAUCCGUUAUUUAUGAAGCAAUGCGAAUAGAGCCCAUCGUACCUUAUCAAUAUGCAAAGGCAAGAGAAGAUUUGAUUGUGAAGAGUCAUGAUGCAAGUUUUGAAAUAAAAAAGGGUGAGACGAUAUUCGGAUACCAACCUUUUGCUACUAAGGAUCCUAGGAUUUUCGAUGAUCCCGAGGUUUUCGUUCCAAAGAGGUUUAUUGGAGAAGGUGAGAAGUUGUUGAAAUAUGUUUUAUGGUCAAAUGGGAGAGAAACGGAGAACCCUAGUGUGGAUAAUAAACAAUGUCCUGGGAAAAAUCUUGUUGUGCUUUUGUGUAGAUUGUUUUUGGUGGAGUUUUUCUUGCGCUAUGAUACUUUUACUUUUGAGACUAAAGCUGCUGCUGUUGGUGUUUCUAUUACCAUUACCUCUCUCACCAAGGCUUCUACUCUCUAAAUUUGCUUUUGCAUUGUAUUUAAUGUCAUUGUUUUGUAUUUCUUCUCCCUUCUCUUUUUUUGGAUUGUUGUUUUUGUAACUUCUAUUCUUAAGGUGUUAGUUUGGUGGUAAGAGUUUAACUUUAUUUGCCUCAAAUAUAUUGUUCAAAUCCUACCAUAAACACUUGUAAAAUGGUCGAUGUCAUUUUGUAAAAGUUUGUUUAAUAAUUUGUAAUUUACGACAUACAUAUUGAAUUUUAUUAAAAAAUAAAUAAAAAUAUAUUAAUUGAAA